AUGCGUAUCAAGUGGGCGGACCAGAAAGUUCAUGAUUGGUCCUCUGACUGCACCGUGUGCGUCUGGUGUUUGGAAGGUUUUAACCUCCUGAAUACCAUCAGUUUAACCUCGGCUAUCUGCCACAUCGGGGUGUCUUGUGACUCGACCUUUCUGCUAGUGGCUUGCGAGGACAACUCAGUACACGUGCGAUCUUUGACCACAGGUUCGGACGUCCACUGUCUACUUGGCCAUCACGGAAAAGUGACCAGUUUAUGCUUUGCCAGAGAUAACUGCCGUUGUGUGGUCGGUUGCCAUGAUGGUAAAAUCUAUAUUUAUGAUAUUCAUUCAGCCAAGUUGUUGCAGACUUUGGGAGGACAUUCGGAUGCAGUCGUUAGUCUACAGACACAGCAACAGGACACAUUUCUCAUCAGUGCUGGAGGCAGUAAAAUUCUGGUGUGGAAUUUUUACUCCAAGAGAAACGAAGGAACUCGUGCAAAGACGUGUAAAGUUAACACCCAUAGAGACGUAGUAACUUGUGUAGCAGUGUCACGUGAUGGUAACCUCGCCGUCUCGGGUUCUAAGGACCACUUAGUAAAGGCGUGGCAUCUUUCUUCUGGAGAGACACACACGACACUUGAAGGUCAUUCUGGUCCAAUUACCUGCGUGGCCUUUGCUCCCAACGGUUUAUUUGUUGUAUCGGGGUCAGAGGACAUGACCCUCCGAGUCUGGGGUUUAACUCUUGGCCUAAUAGUCUCUACGUUUAAG